UAUUAUUUGAAAUGAAGUAGAAAACUUGGGGCUCUUAAUCUCCUCCACUCCGGCACUCUGAGAGAAGCCAUGGAAAUCAUCCAAUUCCAAUCACACUCCCUUCCAUUCAGUCUUCAGCCUUCUUCUCCAAAUCCUCUGUUUUAUAAAACAAAACAAUUCUGCAGAAUCCAAGGCUCCGCAAGAUCCCCACCCAAACCUCCCAAAAAACGAACAAAAUUUCCCCGCAAAAGAAGAAGGAACCCGCCUUCAUUGCCCUUCUUUCAGAAAGCUCCAUCUUCCCCCUCUUUACCUCUCCACUCCAAGAAUCCACAGGCCAUUUACAAAGAUAUUCAAGCAUUCGCUAGACAAAACAAGCUCAAAGAAGCCCUCGCUAUUUUGGACUACGUUGAUCAACAAGGCAUCCCUGUAAAUCCCACCACCUUCUCUUCCCUCCUUGCUUCUUGCGUUCGUUUAAAAUCCUUAACCCAUGGAAGACAAAUCCACGCUCAUAUUCGGACCAAUGGUCUCGAAAACAACGAGUUCCUACGUGCCAAACUUGCCCAUAUGUACACUUCGUGUGGUUCCAUUGAAGAUGCCCAAAGGGUGUUCGAUGAAUGUACUAGCAACAACGCUUAUUCCUGGAAUGCUUUGCUUAGAGGUAGUGUUGUAUCGGGUAGAAAACGGUAUUUGGAUGUGCUUUCUACGUUUUCUGAAAUGAGGUCAUUGGCGGUAAAUUUGAACGAGUACACUUUCUCUACUGUUCUUAAGAGCUUCGCCGGUGCAUCAGCAUUUAGACAAGGUUUAAAGGCUCAUGCCCUUUUAAUUAAAUACGGUUUCAUUAAUAGUUCUAUGCUUAGGACUGGUUUGAUCGACUUAUAUUUUAAAUGCGGAAAGAUUAAGCUCGCUCACCGCGUGUUUGAGGAAAUCCCUGAGAGAGAUAUUGUUCUGUGGGGGACGGUGAUUGCUGGUUUUGCACAUAAUAGGAUGCAAAGGGAAGCUUUGAAUUAUGCUAGAUGGAUGAUAGGUGAAGGCAUAUAUCCCAAUUCUGUUAUACUCACUACGAUACUUCCAGUGAUUGGGGAAGUUUGGGCUCGGAAAAUAGGCCAGGAGGUCCAUGCUUAUGUGGUUAAGACGAAGAGUUAUUCGAAGCAGUUGUCUAUUCAGUCAGGUUUAAUUCAUAUGUACUGCAAGUGUGGUGAUAUGGAAUCGGGCAGGCAAGUUUUCUAUUGCUCUGGAGAAAGGAAUGCGAUUUCUUGGACCGCUUUGAUGUCGGGAUACAUAUCGAAUGGGAGGCUUGAGCAGGCUUUGAGAUCGGUUGUAUGGAUGCAGCAGGAAGGGUUUAAGCCCGAUGUUGUCACGGUUGCCACAGUUCUUCCUGUUUGUGCCCAAUUGAGGGCUCUCAAUCAUGGGAUGGAGAUUCAUGCGUAUGCUGUAAAGAAUUGUUUCUUUCCCAAUGUAUCUAUUGUUACUUCCCUGAUGAUUAUGUACUCAAAGUGUGGUGUUUUAGAUUAUUCUUUGAAGUUGUUUAAUGGUUUAGAGGCAAGGAAUGUAAUUUCAUGGACGGCCAUGAUUGAGUCAUUUGCAGAGAGUGGAUGUUUACCUGAAGCAAUCGGUGUGUUUAGGUCAAUGCAGUUGUCGAAACACAGGCCGGACUCAGUGGUAAUGGCAAGGAUGUUGAACAUUUGCGGUGAGCUUAAAGCUAUAAAGCUUGGGAAGGAGAUUCAUGGACAAGUCUUGAAGAAAGAUUUCGAGUCGAUUCCUUCCGUUUCAGCAGAGAUGGUUAAGAUGUACGGUGCUUGUGGAUUAAUGAGCAAUGCAAAGUUAGUAUUUGAUGCAGUCCGCGUUAAGGGUUCUAUGACAUGGACUGCCAUUAUAGAGGCUCAUGGAUAUAAUGAUCUUUGUGAAGGGGCAAUCAGUCUUUUUCAUCAAAUGAUAUCUGAUGGUUUCACUCCAAACCAUUUCACUUUCAAAGUGGUAUUAUCGAUUUGCAGAAAGGCUGGAUUAGUUGAUGAGGCUUGCCAAAUAUUCAGUGUAAUGACUCGUAAAUAUAAAGUCAAGGUAUCCGAAGAGCAUUAUUGUAUUAUGAUCGAGCUUCUUAAUAUGUCUGGUCGCUUUGAGGAGGCUGAAAGAUUCAUCCAGAUGAAAUCUCUAUCAUCAUAAGAUAAAAAAAAACAGCCUUGUCAAGUUUUAGUUUCAAUUACACCUCACAAUUUGGAGAGUCAGAUGAUAUUGAUCAAGUCGAUUCAGUUUUCGUAUGAUUUUAAGUUUAUUCUAAGCUCGAGUUAUUGUCUUUUAUGGUCAAAUCGAUUGGAUUGGAUGCGAGCUCUUGGAUUUUCAUAUUUAGAUGAGAAUUGAUAAGUCUACUCUUUUUAAAUUUUUAAAAAGAUGCCAUUUCUAUAUUUAUUUGUGGCGUAAUAUCACAUAAGGUAUGUGAUUUUUUCAUAA